CAUAAACACAUAAAACACAAACUUCUGCUAUCACUCGUUAUUCAGAAAGAACACGGAAAACACGGAUUCGACAUGUGAAUAAAUGUUUUAAAAUCUAGUUGCUUAUAGAUGAAUGUGAGAUGGCAACCAGCAAGCUGUCAGCAUGGGACGGCUGCUGUACAGCACAGUUAAAGAUUAUCUUACUUGGUGGCAGAAACUCUGGAAAGAGUUCUGUGGGGAACUUAAUCUUGGGCAAAGAGGAGUUUGUCACCAAAGAGAGGACCUCUUGCUCCCGCAGGCUGGGUGUGGUGGCCGGACAGUGGCUCACAGUGGUGGACACCCCCGGCUGGUGGUGCGACUUCAGUGCUCAGGACACAUCUGAGCUGGUGAAGAGGGAGAUUGUAAGCAGCGUCUCUCUGUGCUUGCCGGGCCCACAUGUAUUCCUGAUUACAAUCAAGGCCAGCUCAGCCUUCUCAGAGAAGCGUCGCAGGGCCGUGGAGGAGCACGUGGCCCUGCUGGGUGAGGGGGUGUGGAGUCACUGCAUGGUGGUCUUCAUCUCUGCUGACAGGUCUAAACACACAGAAGAAAAAGAGCUCGUACAGAUGGGGGGAGAGGCCCUCCGCUGGCUCACUGAGAAAUGCAGUCAGAGGUGUCACACUGUUGUCUUGAGUGAUGAUACUGAAGUCACAAAGUUGCUGGAGAAGAUACAGAAACUUGUUACAGAAAAUGGAAACAGAGUGUUUGAAAUGCAGGAAAACAUUUUACAGGCGACUGCAGAGGAGAAGAGGAGAGUGGAGGAGAGGGCUCGGCAGAGGUUUAUAAGAAUGAAGAAACAUAGAUCUCUCAUGAGACAGAGGCUGCGGCCCAUCACUAAUAUCCGGAUUGUGAUGGUGGGAGCAAAGGGUUCUGGGAAAACUUCUACACUGAACACAAUCCUGAGCAGAGAGAGCAGCCAGCAACUGAGCAGAACAGCCCAGUGUCGGGUUGGUAAAGGUGUGGUGUUUGGGAGACAGGUGACUGUGGUGGACACGCCGGGCUGGUGGGGGAACUACUUCUGUGACGAGAGUCCCAUCUUUGACCGGAGGGAGAUAGCGUUCAGUUCCUCUCUCUGCCCUCCGGGGCCUCACGUCUUCCUGCUGGUGAUCCGUGUGGACAGAGCCUUCACUGACACCUACAGGAGGGCGGCGCAGGAGCACCUCCAGCUGAUCAGUGAACACAUCUGGAGUCGCGUCAUUGUGCUGUUUAGUUUUGGGGACUGGCUGGGAGGCACGACUACUGAGCAGUGCAUCGAGAGUGAGGGAGAGCCUCUGCAGUCGCUUAUUGAGAGGUGCGGCAACAGGUAUCAUGUUCUGAACAAUAAAACUAAAGGGGAUGGAUUCCAAGUCAGAGAACUGAUUGGGAAGAUUGAGGAAAUGUUGGCUGGCUGCAACAACGUGCAACACUAUGAAAUAGAGAGGACGGUGAAGGAACAGAUGGAGGGGAAGAUGAGGAGAGAGAAGGAGGGAGCCAUAGAGAGACUGAUGAAGAAGGAGAAACAAAGGCAGAUGGCGAGGUUUCAGCUGGAGAAGCUCAACCCUCUUCCAGAACUGAGAAUAGUGCUGGUUGGUGGCAGGAAAACAGGCAAGAGCUCAUGUGGAAACACCAUCUUGAGCAGAAAGUGCUUCCACACGGAAACACAUACCACCUCCUGCUCUGAGAAACGAGCCAACGUCAGCGGCAAGACGGUAGCAGUGCUGGACACACCAGGCUGCUUCUCUCUGACCUCUGACCUCCUUGUUGCAUCCUGUGCUCUCCUCCUGGUUGUCAAUGUGAGCUCCUCAUUCAAAGACACCCACAGGGAGGCCAUGGAGAAACAGCUGGAGGCAGGAGGAGGCCGCAUGUGGAGCAGAGCUGUGGUCCUUUUCAGCCACGGGGACUGGCUGGGCGACACGAGCAUCGAGCAGCGCAUUGAGAGUGAAGGACAGCCGCUGCAGAGCCUGGUUGAGAAGUGUGGGAACAGAUAUCACGUCCUGGACAAUAAACACCGGGGGAAUGGAGCUCAGGUUAAAGAGCUAAUUGAACUGAUAGAGGUGAUACUGGUUGAAGAAAGGCUGGCUGUUCUUCACAAAGGCGAUCACAUGUGGAAAAGUGUUUCUUCAGCAGGAGAACAGCAGCCGAAUGCAGUGACACUGUGUAAAAGAGAUUUAAAGGCGCUUACAAGCUGCAGACUUCAGCUGUCCCAUGACUUGACUCACUCAGCCAAUUCCACUGCUCAGACACCACUAAACUGCUCGGAGGGCCCAGAUAAUGGAGGUCAGAUAGUGACACUGCCGGCAGGAAGAACAGGAGGACGGACUGGUCUCAUCCUGGACAGAGACAGCAUCAUGUCCUGUUUAGCCUCCAUGCUCUCCGGUAAACAAGGACUGAGGUGGACUAUAAAUCUGCCUGUCCAGUGUCCUACUGAUGAUCUUCACCUGAGACUAAAUGGUGAAAGCCAAGUGCAUCUGUUCUCUUCCAGACAUCCAGCAAAGCUUAUGGCUUUAACUCAAACGCAACACAGGAUUCUUGCAGAGGAAAACAGCAUCACUGUGAAUUCCCUCUGCCAUCCUGCUCUGAGGGAGCAGACUCUCAGGAGGAUCAGUGAGUCCGGAGGUCUGCAGGCGCUGAUCGACCAGUGGGACCACAGCAGCCUGGAAGAGCUGGAAGCCUUCAUUGACUCGUACUUUGAGAUGGUUUGGGAGCAAACAAUGGGAUCGUUUCAGGCGCCUGAACCUGAGUGUCCCACCACAGAGCUGGAUGCUGUCGUCGAGGAGGAAGUGCUCUCGUCCAUUGACAGGAAACUUUCAAAGCUGGAGCUCCUUGAGGAGAUUCGGAGGGAUCUGGCCGAGCUGAGGAAGAGUCUGGAGCACAGCUGGAAGGCCAUACAGGAACUCAGAGAAAAAAGUUGAUGUAGAUAGUAAUACUUGUUGAUACAGGAUAAUCAAAGAUGGACUAAUUUAUAUAUAUUUUUUCCUGAUUAAUUAAAUGUUAAGAAGUAAAAAAUAAAUAAUCAAAACAUCACUUUCUUUGACUGAUGGAACCACAGGUUUGUUAUAAUAUUUUUCCACAAGGGGGAGCAAUUGUAUAAGAGUAGGUUCUUCAUCUUAUGUGGCCACUGAAACAUCACCACAGUGUAUAAAUUCUUAAGUAAAAGUAAAUCAAAAUUUAAGUAAAAG